AUGGGGGGAUCAGGUGGAUCCGGAUGGACUUUAUUGGAAAGCGUGGCUCGAAUCAUUUCAGAAUCGUUUGGUCUCACUCUAAUAUUUCCCGAUCAUCGUGGUACUGGCUUAUCGACCGUUCUUGGCUGUGAUGAUAGUGAUUCACAAACGAUCACUACCGAUUGUAUUACCUAUUUGACAUCGAAAUGGGGCAUUGAUGGGCUCAGUCAAUUUUCGAUCACUGCAGCUGUUCAUGAUUUAUCGGUGCAAAUUCAAUCCUACCAAAUAGAUCAUCCUGGACGGAUCUCAAUUUAUGGCAUGUCCUAUGGAACAUUAUGGUUGGAUCGUUUUCUACAAAUCUAUCCAAUAUUGAUCCAAUCAGCUGUAAUGGAUGGUGUAGUCAAUCCUUAUUUAGUCUCCUUGAGUCGUUAUGAUUUAUGGGCAUCUGCCAUUGCCUUGCAAUUUCUCACUUAUUGUCAGACGGAUCCUGAUUGUAGUCGAUACUUUCCAGUUGAUUGA